AUGAGACGCCACUGGAGUGAUGUCCACAAUGUUAGUGGGCCAAAUGAUUUUGCCUCUCACGCACGCUUAGUGAAGCUCCAGACGUUCUUUCGCGGUACAAAACUCAAGUAUUUCGAGGUCUCGAUAGCAAGAGCCGCGGAAUCACAAGGUUCAGAUGAAGGGGGUGGACAUAACAGAAAUGACUCUGGUGUGGAUGAAGUGCCGUCAGUAGUACAGCCGAUGCCACUUUCUGAGUUUUCUCUCGUGGUGGACCUAGAGACGUUGACCUACUUCCAUCAUUUUAUCAUCACAACGUGUUUGACACUUCCUCAAGUCGAGGGUUCUCUACCAGCGUCACAAUACUGGGGAACAUACAUUGUUUCAUUGGCUCUGCAAUGGCGUUGGCUAAUGUGCGGAUUGCUGGCUAUUUCUGCACACCAUUCAGCCAUGCUCGAAAACGAGACAACAGCCCAGCAAAAGCACUGUGAACGGGCGACAAUGUUCCGUUCCGAAUUCUUCGUCGGGUUCAACGAGACUAUGGUCAAUAAUUCAAACACUGUGUCCACCGAGACUUAUAAGCAAAUGAAAAAGGCCGCAGUUCAAGUAAGGGGCAUUAUGAACUGUGCGCGAUGGACCUUGACUGGAUUCACUGCGAAUCAAGAGAAUGUCCUAAGUCCUGCCACUUCCAUAUCUUGGCUGCAGUCUUUACUAUGCGACGUUCGAGAUUUUGCAUCUUCUCAGCUAGGGAACUCUGUAGAAAUUGGGCAGAGUACGGGUGAUGAUCUUCAAACAUCUUUGGGUACAAAUAACCCGCGAGGUGCCACCGCAGCACCGACUGUGCUACUCAACCGUCUUCAGAUGCUUCCUUAUCGCAUGGUCGAGACAUUUGGUAAACCAGAUGAUGAACAAGAUGCCCCGGCUAUUCUCCUCGGCAUUGCAUCAUUGGUCCAAUGCUGUAACAGCGUCUACGAGUCCAAUUUUUUAUCAGGAGGGUGGCAAGGUAUAAGCGCAUGGUUAAACAAAACCACGGACCACUUCAAUCAUAUGGUUUCACUUCAAAGUCCAGCUGCCCUUAUUGUGCUCGCCCACUGGGCAGCUAUUCUGGUUAAAUGGACUGAAAUUCAUGAGUGCUGGUUCAUACAUGGCUUUUCGGGGGCAAUUGUUUCGCUUAUUCACGGUCAUCUUUCUACGGAUGGUGGAGUUCAAAGUUUAGUUGAAGAUCUGCUGGAGUGA